UGAAGGAAGGGUCGGAGUAGAAAACAGAAAAAAACAAAACAAAAAAAACGAACAGUGGCUACACUAAUGAAACUGAAAUGUGAGGGUUCCUGGGCAGAUUGGAAUCCUGACCGAAGAAAAAGAUCUCUGUUGGGGAGGAGUAAACUAUAAGGUGGAAAAGACAAGGUGGGGCCAGUUGACACAGGGCCUUGAAGUGCAAGAUGAAUUCUAUUAUAGCCUGUAUAUUCUAGAGCAUGCUGCUUAGGGUAUCUGUAAUUCAGUGUAUAUCAGAUACCCAGAUUCCUUUUGGAAGCGAUGGAGAGGGAUGAUAUCUGAUUGGAAUUUUGAAUCUGAUCCUAACAGCAACAAUAUCUACAAAGAUUGUACAAUUACUGUAGUUUGGACCCAGGGAGAGAAAACUCUCAGAACACCUUGGUCCUGAUGUCUGAGCAUGGAGAUGUGAGCCUCCCACCCGAAGACCGGGUGAGGGCUCUCUCCCAGCUGGGUAGUGCAGUGGAGGUGAAUGAAGACAUCCCACCUCGUCGGUACUUCCGCUCUGGAGUUGAAAUUAUCCGAAUGGCCUCCAUUUACUCUGAGGAAGGCAACAUAGAACAUGCCUUCAUCCUCUAUAACAAGUAUAUCACGCUUUUUAUUGAGAAACUACCAAAGCAUCGAGAUUACAAAUCAGCUGUCAUUCCUGAAAAGAAAGACACAGUAAAGAAAUUAAAGGAGAUUGCAUUUCCCAAAGCAGAAGAGCUGAAGGCAGAGCUGUUAAAACGAUAUACCAAAGAAUAUAGAGAAUAUAAUGAAGAAAAGAAGAAGGAAGCUGAGGAGUUUGCCCGGAACAUGGCCAUCCAGCAAGAGCUGGAAAAGGAAAGACAGAGGGUAGUACAACAGAAGCAGCAGCAAUUGGAACAGGAACAGUUCCAUGCCUUUGAGGAGAUGAUCCGGAAUCAGGAGCUCGAAAAAGAGCGACUGAAAAUUGUACAGGAGUUUGGGAAGGUGGAUCCUGGCCUAAGUGGCCCGCUGGUGCCUGACUUGGAGAAGCCCUCCUUAGAUGUGUUCCCCACCUCACCUGUCUCGUCCACACAGCCUUCAGACUGUAACACAACAGUAAGGCCAGCUAAGCCACCUGUGGUGGACAGGUCCUUGAAACCUGGAGCACUGAGCAACUCAGAAAGUAUUCCUACAAUCGAUGGAUUGCGCCAUGUGGUAGUGCCUGGGAGGCUGUGCCCACAGUUUCUCCAGUUAGCCAGUGCCAACACUGCCCGGGGAGUAGAGACCUGUGGAAUUCUCUGUGGAAAACUGAUGAGGAAUGAAUUUACCGUUACCCAUGUUCUCAUCCCCAAGCAAAGCGCUGGGUCUGAUUAUUGCAACACAGAGAACGAAGAAGAACUUUUCCUCAUACAGGAUCAGCAGGGUCUCAUCACACUGGGCUGGAUCCAUACUCAUCCCACGCAGACCGCCUUUCUCUCCAGUGUUGACCUGCACACUCACUGCUCCUACCAAAUGAUGUUGCCAGAAUCAGUAGCCAUUGUUUGCUCCCCCAAGUUCCAGGAAACUGGAUUCUUUAAACUAACUGACCAUGGACUAGAAGAGAUUUCUUCCUGUCGCCAGAAAGGAUUUCAUCCACACAGCAAGGACCCACCUCUGUUCUGUAUCUCCAUAAUGAGAACAUACAUGGGAAGCAGUGUGGGAUGGGAACAGAUUUGAAUGUUAGCUCUGCCACUUAAUGAUGAGCUGCAGCCAUGUGACUGUUGUGGACAGAGCAGUGACCAUCACAGACCUUCGAUGAAAAUUUGAUUUGAACACCUUGCAAGAACUAUAAAACUAUAUCAGUGUACUGUAGCCCCUUAAUUUAAGCUUCCCAGAAAGCUUUGGAAGGUUUCUUAAACAGAAUAGAAAAGGGGCAUCAUCUGGAGAAGAGCUGAUACUCUGUGUCUGGUUUGAAAAGAAAUAAUUGAAUACAUUUUUUAGGCAAGCUGGAAAAGAGCAUGAUCACACUAAAGCAACUGUAACUCAAAAAUUAAGUUGAAAGAAUGGUAUAAUGAACUCCCAUAUACCCUUCAUUCUAGAUUCACCAAUUGUUAACAUUUUUUCCUCUCAACUAUUCUAAUUUCCUGCCAACUUGUUUAUUAUUUACCUUUGGACUAAAUAAGGGCAUCUAUGUAGAAAUUUGGAAGCCAUUUAGAAAAUCUUUCGGGUUUUCCUGUGGUUAUGGCAAUAUUAAUGGAGCUUAUUUCAAGGGUGAGGGACAGUUCACUGCAUCUGACCAUAUGGUGAGACUUACAUGACCUGAAGAAUAAUUUUGUCAGGAAUUAUUGUUAUUUAACAAAUAUUUCAGGAUAUUUUUCCUCUGCAAUAAAAUAACAGUUGACUUAUU